AUGCCAGACGACAACAACCUCCACCUCCACGGGGAGGCUCCCAACGCAAACCAACAUACACCGAAUGAUCACCGCCCAGAUUACGACGAUGCAGCAGCAGAAUACUCAAUGAUCAUGAACUAUCCCUCAGAAGCCGAUUACUAUGCCCUGCUAGGUCUAUCCCGCACGCCUCCGCCCACCGACGCGGAGAUCCGAUCCGCAUUCCGAUCUCUCACACUCAGCUUCCACCCGGACAAACAGCCCGCGGAAUGGCGCGACGCUGCGAUGCAGCAUUUCGACCGUAUCCGAGUCGCGUACGAGACUCUGGUCGAUCCUAAGAAACGGGUCGUCUAUGAUAUGUUGGGCGCCGAGGCAGUGCGUGAUGAAUGGGGGUUUCGUGGCUCCAUGGGGGAGUUUGGUGAGGCGCGGAAACAACAGGUUGGGGUUAAAGCCAUGACGCCAGAUCAGUUCCGAAAAUGGUUUUUGGAGAUGAUGAAGAGAAGGGAGAGGAGGGUCGUUAAUAGUAUGGUUAAUAGUAGGGGCUUGUUGUCUGUGGGUGUUGAUGCGUCUUCUAUGGUUUCGAUCGAUCAGGAGGAAGAGGUCGUGUUUUUCAACUUCGCGUCACCGCGACUGUCGAGUUUCGAACUUAAGUAUUCGUUCAAGACGCCGUUUCCGAGCCGACGGGUCUUGUUUGGUGAUGAUGAGAAGGAGGAUGAGAGAGACGAUCAUACGGAAAGUCCCUCCACGGAGGGAGAGUCUUCUCAGAAAGGAGACAGAUUGCCGUAUCAGCAGGAGAGUUUGGAUCUUGUGAUCGAGACGGGCGUUUCAGGCCUAUUUAGACGGGCAGUUAACAGGGUUGCGGUCACGAUGGAGGACGGUACUGAAGAAAUUCGAGAUAUUCCACGGCCGCCGCUGCCCGUCGCACAACAAGUGACCCUAGGGGCCAGUGUAAGCCGGGUCUUUGGAGAUGUUGCAAGCUCCAAGGGAAUCUUUAGUUGGCGACCAUUUUCUUUUCUCAGCAAUUCGGGAGUUACCCUGACUGCUAUGCUUUUGCCAGCCCCAUCCAUCCAAGCGAGAUUGGCCCGGAUGGUCAUGCCUGUUUCCGGCACCAAGCCUUUCCAUGUCGAUCUCACGACGACGUUCAAUCACUCGAUUGUGAAGGGCCCGCCUGUGCUCGGAGUCCAGGUGUUGAAGGAGAUUGGCAGAGGCAAGCACACGUUCUGCAAUUGGUCCAGCGGCAACCUCCCCUGGCCGGAAUUUCUCCAGGUAUUGCUGUCUCCGAUUGUUGACCUAGGCAUGGAUCUGGAAACGGCUCUUUCUCCACUAAACGAGGCGAGCCGGUUCCAGUUCGGCUUCCUGUCAGUUCCAAAAUCUCCUCUCCAAGCCGCUUCUUUGGACGAUGACGAGGAGGUGCAGGAAGACGAGGGUUAUAAGAUGGAGCGCGACAGGCAACGUGCAGAGGACAGAGCCGCCGAAUCAUGGCAGGUAGGCUUCAGUGCUAGUCCAAUGAGAAGCGGCCUGUCACUUAACUAUGCGCGUAACAUCUUCUCUGGGAAGGCCGCCACUGAUCUCGCGCUUUCGGAGUGGAGUUCCGAGGGUCAUUAUCAUUUGCCACCGGCGACGGAGCCGAAGUCCGUAAGAAUUGAAAUCCAAAGCACCAUCGGUCUGGACUUAUCCGUUGGUUGGAACAUCGAGGGAACUCGUCAAGUGGGCGAUCUCACUCGUAUAGGAUUGGGUGUUGGUGUGGAAUCCGGCCAUGGUCUGGCCAUGACGGUCUCAUGGGGCCGUCUCGGACAGAGAAUCAAACUCCCCAUCACUGUCAUGCCACUCGAGUCGGCUGACAACGAUAUAGCUGCGUUGAUGGUCAUUCUGCCAUGGCUGGCAUACUGUACCUGGGAAUUCGGGUUCAUUCGACCACGGGAGCGGAAGAACCGUCGACAAGUUAUAGCCCGGCGACAGAAACAGCUGAUGAAGUUGAUUCCCAAGAAAAAGGCACAGAGUUCGCAAGCCAUCAGUCUCAUGACUGAACAGGUGCAGCGGCGACAAGCCAAGGAAGCAGGACAGAGCGGCCUGGUUAUCACCAAGGCUGAAUAUGGUCACCAGCCUUUGAAGAAAAUAUCCAAGGGCAACAGCAGCAGUAGCAGGGAAUACGAAAUCAUCGAUGUCACCAUUCCGGUGGCUGCGUUGGUGGAUCACGGCCAACUCGUCAUCCCUAAGAAUAUGAUCAAGUUCCAUAUCCUUGGGUUCCAUGAUCCCGCACCUCUGUUGCCCAAGAAACUGAAGAUUUGGUAUACAUACCAUGGGAAGGAACAUUACGUGGAAGCGAAUGAUGGAGAGGGCAUUGCCUGUCCUAUGCGUUCGCAUUUACUUUGA